AUGAACCCCGCAACUGAAUCAGGGUCGCUUCAUGUACCCAUGCUUCUAGAUGCAACUUCAUCAAACCGACAUGCUCUAGAGCAACACGUGGAAGGUGUCCGCUGCCCCCCAGGGGUGCACCAACCUCGGGCUCAUUCAUCUGAUUCCAUCACCAACUUGAAGGACAAGAUCAAGAAUGUUGUUCUUCUAGUGAUGGAGAACCGUUCUGUCGACAACAUUCUCGGUGGCCAGACUAUCAAAGGACUAGACAAUCCGAUCAACAAUGGUCCCUUCUGUAACCCUUACAAUCUGACCGAUUCUUCGGCGGGCAAGGUGUGCAGCUCCGCUAAAGACUUUGACUCCAUUCUGAAUGACCCUGAUCAUUCGGUGACGGGAAACAACAUCGAGUUCUUCGGCACUUUCGCCCCCAGCAAUGCCCACAUUGCCCAGGGCAAGCUCACCCCCACGCAGCAGGGCUUCGUGCAUGAGCAGUUGAGCCGCUAUGGUGCCGAUGUUGAUAAGGCCUCCCUGGCCAAGCAGGUCAUAAACUACUAUACGGAGGAUGAGGUUCCAGUCUUCACCUCGUUGGUUCAAAAUUAUCUGACCUUUAACCACUGGCACUCAGACCAUCCUGGCCCAACCAACCCUAACAGGGCUUACAUUGUUUCUGGCACAUCUGCCGGCCAUGGUACCAACGAUGAGGCUUUCAACCCUGACACCCACGGUCUGCAGCAUCGUUCGAUCUUCCAGCAGCUCUCAGAAACCAACCACACCUGGAAGAAUUACUAUACCAGUCCUGACAUGGUCGAUGCCUUCUUCUUCGACUGGACUUUCACGAGCGGCAAUGACGACAAAGCCGUUCCCCUUAACGACUUCUAUGCCGAUGCUGCGGCCGGAACGCUCCCAGAAUUCUCUUUCGUGGACCCAUCCUGCUGUGGUGUGGGCACGAACUCAAUGCACCCUACAGGUCUCGUCUCCGACGGCGAGACCCUUAUCAAGAAUGUCUAUGACGCUGUGCGCUCCAGCCCACAGUGGGAAGAAACGCUCUUUAUUCUCACCUUCGACGAGACAGGCGGAUUCCACGACCACGUCCCGCCUCCACUGGCUACCCGACCUGACGACCUAACUUACACCGAGACCGCGCCCAACGGUGAGGAGUAUACGUUCUCCUUCGACCGUCUCGGUGGUCGUCUUCCGACACUCUUGAUCUCGCCGUGGAUUGCAAAAGGUCAGGUUGAGCAGAAGGGAACGAACUCUGAUGGUAAGGUGGUGUCUUACUCUGGUUCGUCGACUCUGCGCACGCUCGGUUACCUCUGGGACUUUGAGCCUUUCACGCCGCGGGUUGCAUCGUCGCCUUCAUUUGAGCAUUUGCUUCAGAAGAAAGCGCGGAAGGAUACCCCUGUCACUUUGCCUGAGCCUGUGGCCUUUAGAAAGGUGAAUCUUCAGGAUUAUGUCGGGUGA